GCACUGAAUGUAAACCCGGGUAAAGGACUGGAAACUGGGACUCUUUCUGUAUUUUUUUGUCUUCCAGGAUUGGAUGAUUGUCGUCGGAUUGCAAAAAAAAAAACUUAAGAGGAAGUCCUCGCUUUGUGUUUUGCGCGUCUGCCUUUGCUUUCGUGUCUCCUUGGAUGUUGCGCCACGCUGCAUAGCGUUUGCCAUCUGGCCCGCGGGUAACAGCGUGCAGUUUACAGGCAACCUUUACACUCAUUUGGACCGUUUUCAGUGGCUUGCAUCGCGCCAUGUCCUUCUGCCGGACUAGAGCGGACAAUGAAGUUAUGGGAUAGUCUGACCACUUGUUUGAUACUGCUGAGCGCCACGGUGCACGCCAGCUCGUUGCUCCGCUCCACCAAGAGGGGAGGGCGCGCCGCCGAGGGUCCCCUGGAGCUCCCACCGGUUCAGAUCCGUCUGUCACUCAGCUCCCCGGGCAUCAGCCGCGCUCGGGCGGACACAGCGGACUGGGAGGAGACGCUGGCUGGAGGUGAGAAUUUUACGCACAUCAUGGAGGAGCCCCCACAGGAGGAAUUUGAAGACGUGGUGGACUUCAUCAGGGUGACCAUCAGUCGAAUACGCCGCUCCUCUUCAUCCACCGUGUCCUCAUCUACCUCCUCGCCCGCCGCCCUCUCUCCCUCCGAAGAGGACUCGAGCAGCCGGGCUCGACACAGGAGGGGGAGGAAGAAGGGGGCGAGUCAUCAGAGCCGGACUGGAGGACGACUGGGGGCUACAGGGGGGGAGACGGGGAGGAAAGUGAGAACUAAGGGACGAGGUCAGGGCUGCAUGCUCAAACAGAUCCACCUCAACGUGACCGACCUCGGACUCGGGUACCGCUCCAGCGAGGAAAUGAUCUUCAGGUACUGCUCGGGACCCUGCAGGAAGUCGGAGACAAACUACGACAAGAUCCUUUACAACCUCGCUCACAACAGGAGGCUCCCCGCCAAAGACCCGCCCCCUCAGGCCUGCUGUCGACCAAUAGCGUUCGACGAUGACCUCUCGUUCCUGGACGACAACCUCGUCUACCACACCGUGAGGAAACACUCUGCCAGAAGAUGUGGCUGUGUGUAGAGAGCGUGAACUGGUGUCGAGCUUUGUCUGAUUUUUACGUUCAUUCUGACUGAUGUUGAGUGUUUUUUUUUUUCCCUCCACAUUUUUCUCACUAACAGGAAACUCUCUGACCGUUAUGGACUGAACUCCUUUUUGCGGCAACUAGUAAACGUAUCUGGUUACUUUCCAGAUUCAGUAACGCCGUUACAGUUACUGACAUUUAAAAGCCAGCGUUACUCGUUACUUUAAGCUAUGUGAAGAUUAAGGUUUAUUGAUAUUGAUUCAGCGUGCCAGGUUACACACAGGCAGGCGAUCAUUCAGCCGUGAAGUCUCUGUCUCAGAAAUAGCGACAUUAUUUUCCCCCUGCUCGUGUUAACUGACUGUAAGAACAAAGCACCGAGCUAAACAACAAACCGCUUCUAGAGAGCCCGCUGCUGCAGACACCCGAGACCCAGGUUCAGUUCACGUUAGCUCAGCAGACUUUUAAGGAUUUAAAGCCCCGCCUUCUCCACAAUCUGUAAACCGGACUAUAGACAUAGACAGGUAUGUUGUCUGCGACGUGCUUCAUAUCAACUGUUGAGUGUGUCGUCUUCAGAGAUCUAAUUAGUGAAAUACCUACAAACUGCAACACUAAAUAAUGUGAACAUCAACAUGAGGAUGGAUGUAAAAAAAUUAAAAAAGUAACGCUUAAGUUACUUUCCCAAGUAAAUAGUUACUUUUAUAAUGCAGUAGUGUUGUAGUCAAGACCACACUAACCGAGACCAAGACAGACCGGAGACCAGGCUGCUCCAAGAC